CGAUCUGUUGCCUAACUUGAACCAAGGAACUGACUUUACUCUGCAUAUCACGGAUAACCUGUGACGCGCUCGACGCGAAGCAUGGUCAAGUGAAUCCUGCCAGCAUUUUCUUCUCCAAAGAUUGGCAUUAGCCUCCCUUUACAUGUCCUUGGACAACUGAACCUCCCCCCCCGCCUCCUCCACCUCUUCCUUCCCAUCAUCAGCCUUGCCUAUGGAUCCAGAAGGCGCCGAUACCGUCGUACUUGAUCGACCAUCCCCAGACCCAGCUCAGACCUCCGGCAAUGGCGCAAAAUCACCGCAGGACAAGAAUUCCCGACCGUCGGCUCUCUCGCGCGCUUCAACCUUCGGGCCGAAAUGUUGGAUAUGCAUGAGUGACAAAAGUGAAGAUGAUCCCAACAACCCUCCGAUAUGGCGCUCGCCGUGCUCAUGCAGCCUGACUGCCCAUGAAGCAUGCUUGUUGGACUGGGUGGCAGACCUCGAGAAUCCCAAGAACAAAAACAAGAAUUCCAGACACAUUCUAUGCCCUCAAUGCAAAUCCGAAAUCAGAAUAUCAAGACCACGGAGUUACGUGGUAGAAAGCUACCGCGCACUUGACCGCACACUGGGGAAGUUGGUCCUACCGGGCUUGGGUCUUUCUUUUGUCGGCACACUAUGGGCUGGGGCAUGGUUCCAUGGAUUUCAAUCGGUCUACUUCGUAUUUGGCCAUGCCGAUGCGGAUCGAGUAUUUAGGUACGCCAUUCAACGGAGUGAGUUCGCUUGGAUGUACUGCCUUAUCCCAGUCAAUCUGAUUCUCGCCCGUACCGACUAUGCCGACUUUGCGCUCCCCGGUAGCAGUUUGAUCCUUCUUUCCACUCAGAUCACCGACAAGUUCGGCAUUGACAUGACCAUCUGGCCCCCUUUACCAAGCACGGUGUUUGCUUGCUUACCUGCAAUGAGAUCGGUCUACAACUGGUGCUACCACAAAGCAUUCUAUGAUCUCAACCAAAAAUGGUUGGCAGAAGUACAACCCAGACAUAAUGAACGGGGUGACGCGCAGGGCGAAAACGAGGGCGACGUCAAUGAGGAUGAGGGACAAGAACUAGUCGAGGAUGGUGAACUUGUUCUUCAAAUUGACGUCAACCUGAACGGGGAAGAAGAGGGUGAAGACGGUGGCGACGAACAGGCUGGCGUCGCUGGAAAUGGAGGGAAUGCGCAAGGCCAACCAGAGAACCAACACGUUCGCCGAAUAUUGGGUCGCCACGAUCUUGUCGAUGGCAGUGGCAGUAUCGGACAGACUGUCCUUGGAGCGCUUGUGUUCCCGGCAGUGGCUGCGGGAAUGGGCAAUCUCAUCAGCUAUGUCUUGCCGUCAUCCUGGUUGACAUAUCGCAAUAUCGCAAGUGGUCGGCCCGGACUGCUUUCGACGAAAUGGGGGAGAAGUGUGGUGGGCGGAUGCCUUUUCGUGGUGUUCAAAGACGCUUUAUUGCUGUAUUGCAGAUGGAAGCUGGCCCAAGGGCAUCGACAAAGACGCAUUAUGAACUUCGACAAGUCGACGAAAAUGUAUUCAGUAUGAGGGUGCCUGGGAACUGAUGUUGACUAUGAACUGAUGGACUGGGCUGACAACUCGGUUGAAGUUGACAGGAAUCGGGAGGUCUUAGCUCAAUAAUAGACAGCCAGCAUGAUUACCUGCUUGGACGCUCCCCUGAGACUAAUAAAGCACAUUUGGAGCCAGAGACUAUAUUGCUUCGGAUUU